AUGCUCUUCACUUCGAUCCUCUCUUGCCUCUUGCUCCUCUCCCCCGGCGGUGCUCUUGCUCGUGCUGCGCCAAGGGAUAACGUCUUGGACAAACGUCUCAGCUACACCAAUGUUGCAGAUUUCGAGACAUUUGAGACGCCUAUCGCCCUCGCGGGCUUGUAUGCCAACAUUGGACCGGACGGUUCCAAGAGUCAGGGUGCAAAGUCGGGUGUUGUGAUUGCUUCCCCCUCGACGUCUAACCCGGACUAUCUGUAUACCUGGACUCGUGAUGCGGCUUUGGUAUACAAGUACAUUGUGGAUCGCUUCACGAGCGGUCGUGAUUCAUCGCUUCGCACCAAGAUUGACAACUUUGUUGGUCACGUUGCUCGUAUUCAGCAAGUCUCCAAUCCCUCGGGCACCGUCUCGACUGGUGGGUUGGGUGAGCCCAAGUUUUUGAUCUCCGAGGCAGCCUUCACUGGCGGUUGGGGUCGCCCUCAACGUGAUGGUCCGGCUCUCCGUGCGACGACACUCAUUGCCUACGCAAACUGGCUCAUCGCCAACUCGAACACGACCCACGUCCGCAAUGUGCUCUGGCCCAUCCUCUUGCUCGACCUCAACUAUGUCUCCAACAGCUGGAACAGUACUGGCUUUGAUCUUUGGGAGGAAGUCAAUGGUGCCUCGUUCUUCACCACUGCUGUCCAGCACCGUGCUCUCCGCGAGGGAAUCGCUCUCGCUACGGCUCUCGGUGACCCAUCGAGCACCGUCGCUGCAUGGACCACCCAGGCGCAGAAUAUAUUCUGCUUCUUGCAAUCGUACUGGUCGUCUUCUUCGGGCUUCAUUGUCGCCAACGUCAACCCUGGAAACGGUGCCAUUCGCAGCGGAAAGGAUGCCAACACCGUCUUGACUUCGGUCCACACAUUCGACCCUGCUGCAGGAUGCGACUCGAGAACCUUCCAACCAUGCUCGGACAAGGCACUCGCCAACUUGAAGGUCUACGUCGACUCGUUCAGGAGCAUCUAUUCCAUCAACAGUGGCAUCGCUAGCAACGCUGCUGUCGCUACUGGUCGUUAUCCCGAGGACUCUUACUAUGGCGGAAACCCAUGGUACCUCACGACCUUUGCCGUCGCCGAACAACUCUACCGCGCACUCCAAGUCUGGGACGCUGAAGGCAAGGGCAUCAACGUGACGUCCAUCUCUCUCCCCUUCUUCCAACAAUUCAACUCGUCUGCAACGGUCACCACCAUCCCAGCCGGUUCCGCCUCGUACACGACGCUCACCACCGCCAUCAAGACGUUUGCCGACGGCUUUGCGCUCAAGGGAGCUCAAUAUACGCCCUCAUCUGGUGCGCUCGCUGAGCAAUAUACUCGCGGAGCUGGUACACCGACCUCUGCCGCCGACUUGACCUGGAGCUACGCUUCUGUCCUCACCAUGUUUGAUGCUCGCGACAACCUUGCGGUGGAUGGCUGGGGUGCUGCUAGUCUUACGCUCCCAAACACUUGCUCUACUGGUGGUGGAGGUGGAUCGGCUGCGACUGUCAACUUUAGGGAAACGGCCACGACGGUGUGGGGCGAGAAUAUCUAUCUCGUGGGAAGCAUCGAUGCUCUCAAGAAUUGGGAUCCCAACAACGCCAUUGGACCACUCGAUAAUACCAAUACCUACCCCGUCUGGCGUGUCUCGGUUUCCAUCCCGGCUGGCACGUACUUUGAGUACAAGUACAUUCGCAAGAACAAUGGUGUCGUGACGUGGGAGUCGGGCUCUAAUCGCGUCAACACUGCCCCAGCUGCGGGUGCGACACUCACUAUCAAUGAUACCUGGAAGUAA